AGUCGCCCUUCCGCUCGGGCGGCCGGGGCGGAGCGGGCAACCCUGGCUCUGCGACCGCGCCGUGCUCGUACUCACCGCCGCGCUCUGCGGGAGGUGGUAACGGCACAGCGUGUGAUCCAAAUCGAAGCCCAUCACCUCGCAGUCGGCCAGGGAGAAGUACUGCUGCAUGGCCGUGCCGCCACCGCGGGAGGCGGGCGGAGGAGGAGGAGGAAGAGAAGGAGGAAGGCGCGCGGGCGGUGCUUCCUGCGGAGCGGGGCUGCGCGGCCGCAGCCCCUCCGUCCCGCCCCGACUCCGCCCCGCCGCUCCGCGGCCACCCUCACCUGCGCGGGGCCCGGCCCCCAGCAGCAGAUCGGUGCCUGAGAGGCGGAGGCUGGCUGUUCGUGUCCGCGUUCAGUCUCUGAAGUUAAGAAAAGCCUUUCUCUCCGAGAUCUCGUGCGGCUGUGAACGAGGCGCGGAUCUGCGGAUCCCUCCACCCUGCAAGUCACAGAACUGGGUCAAACCAGACCAUAAACCGUUGACACAGAAGGACUGAGAUGAAGUCUUGGGCUCAUUUGAGGGGCUACUGAGAGACACCCUUUUCCUCCCUGCAGCCUGUGGUAGCCCCCAGACAAUUCAUUUCCGUAUACUCAUGUAGACCCAUGUAUCAUCUUCCUCCUAUAUGUGAAUCAAUAUUCAGAUUCAAAUAGGAUGAAUUGUUUUGCCGUAAGGAUGCUGUACCUAUUUAAACUCUAAGUGCCCAGGGAGUUUUAAGCUGGUCUUCAGUCCUGACUCUGCAAUCACAUCUUCAAAAUAAAACUCAAGAAUUGUCAGUGGUAGUCAGACAUUUGCCACAUUUUUCUGGGAUUUUCAGUGGAAUGAUGCUUCCAGUGGAAUUCCUCAUGUUUGAAGUUAAACAGAGUUGCAGGAUUUGUUGCUAUUUGUUAGCACACUUAAGAAGGAAAGUUUUUUUUUUUUUUUUUUGCAGAAAACUAUGGAGGCAUAGUCUGAGAAUAUACAAAAGCAUGCCUCUGACUUUCAUUACAGAGUGAUGCGUCAGUAGGCAUAGAUCUGACUACACUAGCUCUUCUCAAGGAUGUCCUAGUUUAAAAGAAGGAAUGCUACCAAGAAUAGAUUUGUUUUGAAAAGCAGCCAUUAGCUUUUACUAUUACUU